AUAAAUAAAAACAAGUUAAAAAUAUACAUAGUCAUCGUGUUUAUUAGCUAUCACAGAAGCUCUAAAUGAGAAGUUAUUAAUGUCCUUGGAAAAUCUACGCAAAAUUUGCUUGAAUUUGUCUUUGCUCAACGACUCAUUUGUAUUAAUUAAUCUAUUAAGAAAUGUCCAAAUUGUUGGUUCUCUAUAUUGAAUAGAUUGUUUGCCAAUUUCAUAUUUGACACGUGGAAUAACAAAUUGGCUUCCCCUUCGUGAAGAUCUACUACCAGACUUUAAAGUAAAUAAAGAUGCAAGGUCGUCAGGAACAUUAUGUUUGAUGACAUCAAACAUGAACAGCAGUAAGCAUCUUUUAUAGAAGUAGGACAAGGGAAGCCAGUUGAGACUUUGAAGAUCAUCUUGAUCGUGAAUUAGCCUAGCUGCUCUAUCAUGUAUAGGAUACAAGGAGUUGAGCAUAGCAGAACUUACAAUUCCCCCACAUAACUAUACCAUAUAUCACUGCUGGUAUAAUGGAUUUAAAAUAAAUUUCCUCUAAUAAUUUAGGGGGUAAUUGCCUCAUACGUUUUUUAAGGCACCAACUUUUUGUGACAAGUGCUUCUUUAUAUGGCAAAUAUGCUUUGACCAAGACAAACAGCUGUCAAUAGUCAGUCAUAAACAAGUAGUAUGAUCCACAACGUUGACAUACUUGUCUCCAAACAAUAUUGGGGCAGCAGGACCAAUAAAACCCUGCUUAGUAAGAAUCAUGGACUCAGUUUUAAUGGGGUGGAUGCUCAACUUAGACCUAAGGCUCCAGAGUCUUAAUAAUACAGAUGAGUGUAAAUAGCUUUACUUUGAGCCUAUAUGCCUUGAUUUACCUAUCAAAAACGGACAGCUGAUGUCCAGCUAGGCGUACGUAGAGUCUAUGACUAUGGGAGUAAUUUCAUAUCGUGUUGGCCUGACUGCCGCAUCGCAAAUAUCUGCAGUCAGACAUGUCCCACGCAUAUUUGCUUAAAACCUGCUCUUUCAUGGCUUUUUCUUUGUCGAUUUUACGAGUAUCCUUGGCAGUUAUCUUGAGCAGUUGUAGGUGAUCUUUAUGCCUUCUUAUUCCUGCUCUUUGGUUUCCUUCAGUGUUGUUAUUCGCGUCGUUAUGCGUACUCUCCGACCACGCUCGUUGCAAGUAUGGCGAAGUAACACCAGAACUCUGCCGACGAGGGACUUUCAAUGAGCAUGUGUUCUUUGCAUCACUGAAGUGUUGCAAAGAGAGUCUUCUCCUUUUGUCAGCUGCAGUUUUGAUUUCAAGCUGCCUUAUCAUAACUUGCUCGGCUACUUUCUCUUCUUUCUCUGAAAGAUCAGAAUUUUCGUUAUCCGAAGUUAAGCCUGUGGUCAAGGAAGCACUUCCAGUUUUCUGCUUGCGACCAAUGGCACUUUUCGGUGUAUUUUCGUUUUCGAAUGCAUUCUGCGUCGGCCUGGAUUCGGCAUCAAGUCGAGGGGUGCUUGGAUUGUCCGACUGUAAAUACUUCCUCGACGAGCCAAGAACUGGCGUGUUGCAUUUUCGUAGAUCAGACUGCUGUUCAUGAAUACUGCCGUUAUAGCUUCUACUACUCUGAGGCCGUUGAGAAAGAAGAACAGAAUUCGAGACACCGAGUGUGUUUGCUUUCCUUUCAGAUCCGGCGACUGAAGCGUUAGGAUCCAUGCAGGCCAUGCAGAGCCGCGUGGGUUCUACAGAAACACUGGAAUGCGAAGAUAUCACCAUUGAACUUCAGAUGCGAGAUUUAUGGCAACGUUUCUUUGAGUUUGGAACCGAAAUGAUAAUUACCAAAGCAGGCAGGCGCAUGUUUCCCGCCAUCCGAGUCAAAGUUUCCGGUCUGGAUCCUAAAAGCUACUACAUGCUCAUGAUGGACGUAGUUCCACUGGACAACAAACGCUAUAGGUACGCUUACCACAGUUCCAAAUGGGUUGUGGCAGGAAACGCGGACGCACCAAUGCCAGGCCGGGUAUACAUUCACCCAGAUUCUCCCGCGCUCGGCGAGGAAUGGAUGAGACAAGUAGUGUCAUUUGAUAAAGUCAAACUGACUAAUAACGAGCUGGAUCAACAAGGACAUAUAAUCCUUCACUCCAUGCACAAAUAUCAACCAAGAAUUCACAUAAUAAAGAAGAAGGAUACUUCAGACACGGUUGCUAUGGACGUAGAGAAGCCUUCUUCCUCGAGAAAAACGUUCGCCUUUCCCGAUACAGUUUUUACAACGGUUACUGCGUAUCAGAAUCAACAGAUAACACGAUUGAAGAUUGACAGUAAUCCUUUAGCAAAAGGAUUUAGAGACUCGGGCAGAGUCAGGGAUCCAUUGGAAGAGAUAAUGCAAGCUUAUUCCUACUACAGACCAACCGCAGGAAGAACUUUACAUUGUUCAAACUUCAGGGGAAGAGAUGAACAGCUCAGUUCCGAUCAAGGUUCUUGUUCCCAGCAUGCAUCAGUAUCUGUACCAUCUCCUUAUCAGAGUGUUCCUCUGAGCCCUACCAUGCCUCCCCAGACACCAACAUGUCAUUCAAAUACUUCUUUCUCUGCCUUCAAUGCGUGCUUAUCCACCCUACCGCACGGUGCCAUGGUACCCACUCAAUAUCAUGUCACACCCUACUGUUCCGCUACAGAAACGUACGGUCACAUGUUCCACACAACUGUGACACCGUUUUCCACAUGCGCACCCAACGCUGUGGUCAGCCAAUCUGAUACUGGCAUGGAGCUGAGCCCAAUUGUUGGUCAUCAGGCGAAUGGGUUUCAAGGGAACACGUACACUUCCCCACACGCGUUCACGACACAUACAAUGUAAAUUAGUCGAGUCGUUAUUUUCAAUGUAUACUUUUGAUUUAAAAGGGCAUUUGAGAUAUUAUCAGCUAGCUCGACUGAUAUACAACAGACAUCGAUAUUCUGAAACAUUUUCAUGAGGCAGUGGUGAAUAGUUUAAAAGACUGAAACAGAUGUAAAUAUUGUAAGUUAGAUCAUUGUAUAAAGAAUUGUUAUAGUUUUUCAGGUUACUGGCAGAAAUCUUAGGUGAAUUUUAAAAAAUUCAAAAAAUUAUUUGUAAAUAUGAAUGUAAUUGGAAGAAGAUGAGAAUAAACCAUAUUUUUGACAUCUGUAGUA